AUGUCGAGCAGGUAUCACAAAGCAGCAGCUGAUGGCAAUCUGGACCUUUUGAAAGAAGCCACUAGAAAAGAUCUUAAUACUUCAGAUGAAGACGGGAUGACGCCCACCCUUCUGGCAGCAUACCACGGGUAUCUAGAAGCUCUAGAGGUCAUAUGCCGGAGAGGAGGUGAUCCAGACAAAUGUGACAUCUGGGGGAGCACUCCUCUCCAUCAUGCUGCUUGCAAUGGUCACAUCCACUGCGUUUCUUUUCUGAUCAACUUUGGUGCCAAUAUAUUUGCUCUGGACAAUGACCUCCGCACACCUCUUGAGGUGGCUGCCAGCAGAGAUCGCCAUGAAUGCGUCAGAAUCCUGGACAAAGCUGCCACGGAGCAGAACAUGCUGAACCCAAAGAAGGUCUCCAAACAAAAAGCCCAGGCCCAGAGGAAUGUGGAGAAACAAAUUAAGGAAUGUGAGAAGCGACAAGAGAAACACCAACAUGAAAUGAACAGGAAUUAUAUGAAAGAAAAUGUUGGCACAGUAACCUCUUCCAAAGGGACACACUCGAGGGUAAAGAUGCCUAGUCUCUUCACUUCAAAUACAACAACUCCUUUCUCCAAAAAUCUGAAAGAUACCUUCAAACUGAGGACAAAAAAGACAGCUGGUAGCACAAGAAGCCAGGAAACACAAAGCAAUGGCCAAGCAGAUGACAAAGAUAGGAGAAGUGUGAUGCAUUUAUUCGAUGAGAAAGAAGAGGAUGAAUUACUGAAUGACGAUGACAGUCGGCUCUCUAUUUUCCAGAGGCCAGGUCUCGGCAAGAUUGUAUUUGGAAGGAAUUUGGCUGCAGAUGUAAAUCCUGGAAGCAUGUCUUCUGAGAAAGAAGUCAUAAGCUUUAAAAUGUCCAGUGAGCUCUUUCAGAAUGAAAACGCUGAGAAUGACAGGGAAGAUGAUGUUGAAAAUAGUGCUGAUAUCCCUUGGCAGGAGGAGGAACUCAUUUGGGAUGAUGAGGAAGCAGAAAACACACCCCUCGAGGUAUUUCUGGCAUCACAGAUGCUGGAUGAGUUUCUUCCAGUCUUCAUGAGGGAAAAAAUUGAUUUAGACACCCUGAUGCUAUGUUCUGAUGAAGAUCUACAAAGCAUUCAAAUAGAGCUGGGGCCAAGAAAGAAGGUCCUGAAUGCUGUGAAUAAAAGAAAACAGGCUCUCAAGAACCCUGGAAGGACUGUAGAUACUUGCUUAUAAAUCAAUGUACCUGUUGCUGUAACGUGCACACUGAUUAUCUUUUCCUGAUUCAAAAUAGCAUGCAGUUCUUUUCAGACAUCUGCUAAAGUGAAAGGCAAAGAGGUUACCAAUUGCUUUAGGAUGUAUAGCAAGGCCAAAGACAUAGAUGGCUGUGGUACACAGGAUGUUAAUUCAAGCAC